AUGACUAUCCCAUUUAACCGUUUUCCAUUGUUGGUUCAAAUCGAAGUAUUGAGACAACUCGGAUUUCAAGAUAUUUUCUUGCUGAGUUUAACUUCUGAAAAGAUGAGAAAUCUUAUUCAAUUCAUCAAGCUGAAGCCGAAAAAAGUACAAUAUGCCCUCAGCGACAAUGGCAUUCAAGUGUCGGUUGGAUUCACAGGAGACGACAGGGAUUUCCACCACAUGGCAAACAUGAGACAUGUCCCACAGAUUUCUGUCAAAGAGAGAAAACAAGUGAAUUUGGGAGGUGUGAAAAUUCAAAGCAGAUGUUCCAGAGAAAAAGACCGACUCACCCAUUGUCGAAAUGUCAAAUGCAGAUGUACCAAAAAACCUCCAACACAGAUAUGGACUCACGUUUUGGAAUAUCUCGAGAAAGAAGAUGACAAUGUUCUUGAGUUCCUUCAAACACAUCUUGAAUCUUUGUUUGCCAAUCAGCCACCUUCACAACUAAAAAUCGAGUCAACCAACUCACUCCAAUCCUCGGAAAUCAUUGACAACGUGACAGACACAAUCUUCUCGCUCGAUGAGUUAGAGACAGCUGAAAUCAAGCACUUCCUAACCGUUCGUCCCAACCAGAAGAGUGUUGAAAUCCAUUCGGAUCUCACUGGUCGUCCGCUGAAAAGAAUCUCAAAACUGUUCAAAGUCCCAGGAUUGGCUAUUCAUGAAUCUGGCUCCAUGACCUCCAAGUACAUGGAUAAUUUCUCUGGCCGUUGUCUGCUCCUCUUCAAUGCAAACUUGACCUCCUCUGCCUGGAUAACAUUGAUCGAAAAAUGGAAGAACAAGACAGCGUACCACAAGUUGCAUGCAGUAGUCACACGAAUCCCCGGGAACGUCUUCCAAGAGUUUGAUUUUGGAGAGUUGCUGUUUGAAAGCAAUGCAUUUCCAUGGGAUGGAUUAAGAAGACCAAGAAACUUCAUGUUUGAUCCGAGAAUACCCAGUUAUCGAUCGAAGUCAAUCGAUUGCUCCGACUGGUUCGAUAUCCAACAAAAUGGCGGAGAAAAAUGGGCCUCUAUCCAGAUAAUCAAUGACAAAAUAAUGUUUUUUGUAUGGGAUUAA